AUUUUUCUUGGCCCAUUGGGCCCGUGGGCCUGAAAAUGGUUCAUGACCGCCGCAGCGGAGAAAACUCGACUGAAGUCGGCGAACGCCGUCUCCGAGCCGGGAACGUUGAAGAUAGGAUAUUAUCUCUCUCUCUCUCUCUCUCUCCCGCCGCGUAGCAGAGCAAGAGCCUUUUUCAGUGAAUCAGAAUAACCGGCAGAGCAGAUUGGGAGUAGCUGAAACCCUAGAUUAUCUAAAUUAUUAUCUCCGUUCUUCGAGAUAAGGGGGAAAUGGGGAAGAAACAGCACAGCAAAGAUCGGAUGUUCAUCACCAAAACGGAGUGGGCCACCGAAUGGGGCGGUGCCAAAUCCAAAGAAGUUCCCACCCCUUUCAAACGCCUCCCCUUCUACUGCUGCGCUCUGACGUUCACGCCGUUCGAGGUCCCUGUGUGCACAAGCGAUGGCAGCGUGUUUGACCUAAUGAACAUAAUACCGUACAUCAGAAAGUUUGGGAAGCAUCCUGUUACAGGAGUUCCGCUGAAACAGGAGGAUCUUAUUCCACUUAAUUUCCACAAGAAUUCAGAAGGAGAGUAUCAAUGCCCAGUGUUGAACAAAGUUUUUACUGAAUUUACGCAUAUAGUUUCUGUGAGGACUACAGGAAAUGUGUUCUGCUAUGAGGCUAUCAAAGAAUUAAACCUAAAAACAAAGAACUGGAAGGAGCUCCUCACUGAUGAACCCUUCACAAGGGAAGACCUUAUCACAAUUCAGAAUCCCAAUGCACUUGACGGUAAAGUUCUUCUGGAUUUCGAUCAUGUUAAAAAUAGUUUGAAGCUUGAUGAUGAAGAACUCAAAAGAAUGAGUUCAGAUCCAACCUAUAACAUAAAUGUUUCUGGAGACAUCAAGCAGAUGCUGGAGGAGCUUGGAACUGAGAAAGGUCGGCAAACUGCCUUGCAUGGGGGAGGUGGAAACAAGGCUCAAAGUGAACGAGCAGCUGCACUUGCUGCCAUUUUAGCUGCAAGAUCACGUAUCAAAGAAGAUUCAAAAUCAGAUUUGAAUGGAGAAGUUAAUGCCAAGCAGGUUUACAGUAUUGUAGAUGCCGCAUCUGCUUCCGUACACGGAAGAAGUGCUGCUGCAGCCAAAUCUGCUUCAACUGAUAAAACUGCUGCUCGGAUAGCCUUGCAUAUGGCUGGUGAGAGGGCUCCUGUUAAUGCGAAGCUGGUUAAGAGCCGUUUUACCACUGGUGCUGCUUCCCGAUCCUUCACUUCUACCUCUUUUGAUCCUGUUACUAAAAAUGAAUAUGAAUACGUCAAGGUUGAGAAAAAUCCCAAGAAGAAAGGCUAUGUUCAGCUCCACACAACACAUGGUGAUUUGAACAUUGAGCUGCAUUGUGAUAUAACUCCAAGGGCAUGUGAGAAUUUCAUCACUCUUUGUGAACGUGGCUAUUAUAAUGGAAUAGCUUUUCAUAGAAACAUACGGAAUUUUAUGAUUCAAGGUGGUGAUCCCACUGGCACUGGCAGAGGGGGUGAGUCUAUAUGGGGAAAGCCUUUCAAGGAUGAACUGAAUUCUAAGUUGCUUCAUUCUGGAAGGGGUGUUGUCAGUAUGGCAAACAGUGGUCCACACACAAAUGGUUCCCAAUUUUUCAUUCUCUACAAGUCUGCAAACCAUUUAAACUUUAAGCAUACCAUUUUCGGUAUGGUUGUUGGUGGUUUGACUGCACUCUCAGCAAUGGAAAAGGUUCCUGUCGACGACAAUGAUCGACCACUGGAAGAGAUCAAGAUUACCAGUGUUACAGUAUUUGUCAAUCCUUAUGCAGAAUCAGAUGAAGAAGAUGAAGAAAAGGCCAAAAAUGAGAAAAAAUCUGAGGACAAAGAUAAUGAUAAGGUUGGGUCAUGGUAUAGCAAUCCAGGUACAGGAACAAAAGAGUCUGUAGCUGUGGGUGGUGGUGUUGGAAAGUACUUGAAAGCAAGGAAUGUUCAAGCUGAAUCAGUUGCAGAUGAUACUAAUCUGCAGGCAAUUUCUGUGCCUAAGAAAAGGAAGUUGGGUGUUUCAACAGCAGAGUUUAAGGACUUUUCUACCUGGUGACAUUACUCCAACAUGUUGUGCCAUAAAAAUGUAAAAUUUAUGCGAAGGCAGUCUAAGCCAGCAUUAAUUCUCUCAUUGGAGAGAGAGAGAGAGAGAGUUGGAACUGGAUCAUCACGGUCUUAAUUUCCAGACUAGAUUAUAUAAUGAGAUGUAUUGCAUCAGAAAUGGCUUUAGAAAUUGCUGUUGUAAAACCCUUGACCUUGUAGUUUCUACAGCCAUUUUUCUAUCUUCAUUUUUUUUUUAAAGCUGUAUAGUGAGAUUGUAUUGAAUCUGAAAUGGUUUUAGUAAUUUAGUACCCAAUUUUGUUCA